GAUUCCGAUUCCGAUUCCGACUGGGAAUACAAGUACUCCACGGAAACAGAGUCCUUCUACCUCAACUUCGACCUAACCUCCCUCCACGGCCCCAUUCGUCCGCCGCGGCGCCGUAAUGCUAAUACAUCCGCGCCUAAUAAUAAUGAACCCGACGCGGACGCCGACGCGGACGCGGACUUUUCUCGCCCUCUAGAAACCACCGAGUCCGACGCCAGACAUGCAGAUCGUCUCCAGGUCUUGGGCCUCCACACCUUGAAUCCCAUUGUCUCGUACCAGAACCAGGUUUUCAGUUGUUCCUGGGCCGAGCAGAUUGGGACCGAGUUGUUUUUUACCAGGCCGAAUGAACUUACCGCCACCCUCACCACCACAAGUGCAGAAAAUGAUGUUACUGCACCACUAGCACGUGGCAAGGAUUUCGACUUAAUUGCAGCAACCAGUGCCAAAAUCCUCGGUCGCAAAGCGAAUCUUAUUUCUGGUUCUGAACCUUCUACUACUACUACUACUCCUACUCCCACCACAUCUACAGCCACAUCUAACCCUCCCAAACCAUCAACGUCAUCAAAUCAAGCGCGUUUCCUCGAACGCUUGUCCGGCGUUAAACAGGCAAAAGGUGAAACAGACUCCGUGCGAACAGUAUACAGCACGCGCCGGACGCAGAAUCUCGAAGAUCGCCUGCGCGGGUGGGCCAGGACCGAGGAGCAAUUGGCGGAGGUUCAGCGAUUACAGGAAGCUGUGCUUCGCGGGGACGAGGGUGCGAUGGCGGCGUUGGAGAGGGUUUAUCGGGAUUUGCAGGGAGAG